AUGAACAUGUUGGAAGUAGAAGACGACAGCUUUCACGUCACACGUGAAGGCUACUCCCAUCUGAGUGACUCAGAAUGGGAGGUAGUCGGCCGCAUGAGUGUGCUCAUGGGCGAACUCGCCAUCAGUGGUAUGUUGGAGUCUCUAAGCAGAGACCAGCAACAUGCUGCUAUCAACACGUUCCCACAAGGGGAACUUGCCGUCGAAAUACCGAAGAUGGCCUUGCUACAGCAGCAAGGCUCUCAUCAGUCGAUCGGCGGGCCGACACACACGCGUCUAUUCGAAAACUUGAAGAUCGAUAUCUCAAGGUACAAGGGAACAGAUGAAGAUUCCCUUUUAAGAUGGUUCGUCGAGUUAGACGACGCCAUCAGGGCCCGUCACAUCGAGGGUGACGGGAUGCAAUUCGCCUUCACUUUGCUUAAAUUUGACAGUACGAGCAAAGACUUGGACCUUAGGGCUCAAGCUUUACGACCCGAACGUGUUUGA